CGGGUAGCUAAGUGGGUGAAAGGUUUGACAGCAGCAGCAGCAGCUCAGCGGCGGCGUCUCUCUCCGUCUCUCUCCGUCUCUCCCCGUCUCUCUCCCGCACACUCACAGCGACCAGAGCGGAAAGUCAAAAUGUCCAAACAGCCGCAGCCGAUCAGUCCGCUGAAGAACUUCUUCGCCGGAGGCUUCGGAGGAGUCUGUCUUGUCUUCGCGGGACAUCCACUCGACACCAUUAAAGUGCGUUUACAAACUCAACCCAAACCUAAGCCGGGAGAGAGACUCAUAUAUGCCGGAACCCUUGACUGUUUCAAGAAGACGUUAGCCAAAGAGGGUAUGAAAGGUCUUUAUAAAGGCAUGGCCGCUCCGAUUAUUGGGGUCACGCCGAUGUUUGCCGUCUGUUUCUUUGGAUUCGGACUCGGCAAGAAACUACAACAGAAAACUCCACAUGAUAUUCUUACGUAUCCACAGCUGUUUGCUGCUGGGAUGUUGUCGGGCGUGUUCACCACGGCCAUCAUGGCUCCUGGAGAGAGAAUCAAAUGCCUCCUACAGAUCCAGGCAACGACCGGGGAGGUGAAGUAUGCCGGACCCAUGGACUGUGUCAAACAGCUGUACAGACAGUCGGGGAUCAAAGGAAUCUACAAAGGCACCGCACUGACUCUCAUGAGAGAUGUUCCAGCGAGUGGCAUGUACUUCAUGUCCUACGAGUGGCUCAAGAACCUCCUCACACCUGCAGGAAAAAGCCAUAAUGAGCUCAGCGUGCCCAGUAUCCUGUUUGCUGGAGGAAUGGCCGGCAUCUGUAACUGGGCUGUCGCGAUUCCAGCCGAUGUUCUCAAGUCUCGUUUCCAGACAGCUCCAGAGGGAAAAUAUCCCAACGGUUUCCGGGACGUUCUGCGGGAGCUGGUCAGAGAAGAGGGCGUGGCUUCAUUGUACAAAGGCUUCAAUGCUGUCAUGCUUAGAGCUUUCCCCGCCAACGCUGCUUGUUUCUUAGGAUUUGAGUUUGCAAUGAAGUUCCUGAACUGGUUAGCGCCAAACCUGUGAUGAAGGCUCAGCGUCGCCUCGUUCAGUUUGUGAAGUGAAUCCCAGGAACUGUGACACACAACAGUGGACGCGCACACACACACACACACACACUUUUAUCAAAUUUCCAUUAAAGUACUUGAUUUUCUUUGAUUCGCUGUGGUACUGUGGAGGACGUGGACUGUUCAGACGUGCUCGCAGUUCAGCGCAGAGAUGUUUUCACAACUCUGAUGCCAGUUCUCUCACACACACACACACACACACACAGUGGAAUGUUUUCACUCCUGUUUUUGUUUGACUUUUUAUUGUUUUUCUUCAGUUUUGUUGCGUGUGAGGGAAAAGGAGUAAACCGAACAUGUCGUGCCUUACCUUUUUGUUAUCUGCAGAUCAGGGAAAAGGUGCAUUUAGUUAAACUGUGUGUGUGUGCACUCUCAGUCUCAGCAAUACACACCUCUCAGACUGUCCUGUGUCCGGUAACAGUCUAACACCUCACACCACUCAGUGACUUGAACACAGUCGGUGAGAUUUAUUGAACAGAAUAUGAUUGUUGUCAUGUACAGAAAUAAAAAAACAAAUCGACUUUUAGAAAUGA